UUACUCUGAUCUCAGAAACAUCAGGAAAAUGCUUCGUGCCAGAAAACCUAUAAAUUCAUCCAAGGAGGAAAUCAUUGAGGAAAAACCAACAAUCCGCGAAAAUUUCCAGCAUUAUCUCAUGAAUGCUUCUCUCCAUGGUCUUAAGUAUAUGGGUGAUACAACCAUGUCCUUAUUCGAGAGAUGCUUCUUCGUUGUGUCUUUUGUAGUGGUUUUUGUCCUGUCGGGAUAUUUUAUUUCAAACGUCUGGCAAAAGUGGAGUGAGACUCCCAUCAUUAUUAGCAUCAAUCCAAUAGGAAUUCCUUUGACUACUAUUCCAUUUCCCGCUGUUACCAUAUGCAAUAUGAAUCAAGCCCGGAUAAGUGCAGCUCGUAUAGCUUUAAAAGGAAGUCUUGAGGAUUCUAUGCUGGACAGUUUAUGUGGAUCAAGCAAAGAAUUUAAAUCGAACAAUAAUAGUACUGGCAGGUGGAGUCAGUUGAAAAGAUUUCUCAUGAAUGCCUCACAACCUUGCAGUGAGACCCUAAUUUUCUGUCGCUUUGCUUCAAAAACAGUACCAUGCAUGGAUAUCUUUUGGAGUUCCCUAACAGAUGAUGGACUGUGCUGUACUUUUAAUACUGUUCAUCCAGAUUUUAUGUUCCACACAACUAUAAAUGACAAUAUGUGGGAAUUAGAAGGCAGUAAUGCAAAUUAUUCAAAGGGCGUUCCUAUUGAUUGGACCCCAGAGACGGGUUAUCCCAAAGAGAUGCCAGAAAAUGCUUUUCCAAGACAAGCUGCUGGAACUGGUCAUGACAUGGGACUCACUGUAGGAUUGAAUUGUGAUGUUUCUAACUACUACUGCUCCUCAACAAAUAGUUAUGGCUUUAAGAUCCUUCUUCAUGCUCCAACCCAAACACCCAAAGUCAAAAAUUUUGGCUUUUUCGUGGCACCAGGUACUGAGGUGAGAGUCGUUGUGAAUCCCAGAAUUAAUACAGCAUCUGAAAUGAUUCGCAGGGUUCCCAUAGAGCAGCGUCAGUGUGUGUUUGCUAAUGAGCGGAAUCUCUCCUACUUCCGCACCUACACCCAAGAGAACUGUGAAAUGGAGUGUGAGUCGUUAAUUGUUAGUAAGCAGUGCGGUUGUAUCCUUUACUAUAUGCCCAAAACAACAGCGGAUGCAGAAAUUUGUAGUCUCAAGGAUGCUAAGUGCUAUGAGAUGAUCCUAGCUUCUCUCGUAUUUAACAAUUCCAGCCAUUCUUGCAGCUGCCUUCCUGCCUGUUAUGAGAUUGAUUACGAGAGACGAUCCUCCACCAGUCCCCUUGGAGUAGGAAAAUUUCUGUUGCGAGAGAAUUUUCUCAAAAAGUACAGCAGAGAUUUUGCAAUGGAUAAUAUAGCUGUUGUUCACCUGUAUUUUGUGGAAAAUACCAUUCAUAGCUAUACCAAAGGAGAGCUUAUUGGAUUUACUGAUUUUCUAUCCAGCACUGGAGGGCUAUUAGGGCUCUUCAUGGGCUUUAGUGUAGUAUCUCUUGUUGAGAUGUUUUACUACAUUUCCAUGAGACCACACUGUUCUAAAAGAAUUCAACAAAACCCCAAUGCUACCCAAAAGGUGACUCCCACUUUUGUCGCUUGGAAGCCCGAUUCACUCUCUGUUAAGAGGAACCUACGAAAUCGUCAGGCUGGAAUGUAUCUCUAUCCAUAUUGCGAAUAAUUUUAGCUAAUUCGUUCAAGAUUUUUUUUUUCAUAGAUUCAAUGAUAACUCAAAAGAGUUUUUGCACCAAUUUUCUACACUUUCUCGGACUACAACGCUUCAAAAAUAACUCUGGUGAAGAGUAAACAGCAUCUGUAAGAUUAUUUCUAAACAUUCCGGCCUAAUGAUUUAUUUUUAUUUUCACUGAGAAUUCUCUAAACAAGAUUGAAGUAUUUUAUGAGCUUAUCGCACCUCUUAUGUAAUGUUUGUUUUAUUUUUGUGUUUGUUUCCUUUCUUUCACCACUGAACUUUUUUUUUAAAGUAGUACCAAGCAUAAUUUAAAUUAGUCAUGGAUAAUUGUGCGUUUUGCGGUGUACGAGUAUGUUUUUUUUGUUUGAAAAUUUUAUCACAAUUUUAAACUGAAAAAAUAGAGUGAAGCAAAAAAAUAUAACACUGUUCUAUGCUUAAUACAUAAGGGAUUAUUGAAAGGAUUGAAAGACAUGGGAUAUUUUCCGAAAUAAAGUAAUAAAGUUUCUUAGGUGGAAAUUAUUCAUAUAUUCGUGCAUUUUGGAAAGUUUUUUUUUAAUUUAAUAAUUUGAUUCAUGCAAAAUAUUGUGAGAUGCUGUUAAAUAAAUGAUUUCCCUCAAUUCUGAGAUAAAGAACGCUUAAAAUUAAAUUUAGAUAUUCAGUAGGGUAAAUGUCCUAAUUCAAAACCAUUUCCAGACGCUUUAACUUUGAGAAAAGAUUUAACACAUUAAGUUCAUAUUUUUUCUGAAGAGAAUUACAUAAAUUUGCACCUUGACUCUUCUAGAAUGUUAUACUAUUUAGUGAAAAUUCUUUAGAUAAAAUUUGAUAACUUCUUAAAUGCAAGAAAAAUACGCGAGCGUAAAAUGUUUCUAUUGGAAACAUAUUGAUCCAAAUGGAGACAAGGGAAAUUUUCUAAUUGGAGACAAACAGUGUAAGUGAAACCGCGACGAAAAGCUACCAAAACCUUGUUGAGUUGCUCCUGAGUGCAGGAUUUGUUCUUAUUCCUGAUCUUUUCGCCUUUCCCAUCUAAAACAAUAGGAAAAUCUCUCCAAAAAAAUCAUAUUUCCGAGGUUUCCUAUUGAAGCAUUUGCAGACACUUCAGAAAAACCCUUUUUGUUCACGAAAUAGGUAAUUAUUUCAUUUGAAAACUUCACGUACCGCUAACAAUAAAGAUUAGCACUUAAUUUAACUAAAAUUAGCCAGAAAUAUGACAUAAAUGUUAAACAAAAACGAAUAAACAACAAUCACUUUAUUGUGUUUUUCAUUGGAAAACAUGGUUGAUCUAUGAAAAGUUCAAUGGUGAAAAGGUACACUUUUAAUUUUUCUGAGAAAUUAACAAAUUAAAAUUUGUGAAUAUAAAUGGAUUUUCCCUUUAUUUGGAGUAAAAUUAAUUAAAUAAUGGAACUCAGGUAUAGAAAAUAUAUAAAUAUAGUAAUUUAGUACUGUAUUUAUCAUGAAAACAGUGACGUUUCCAUUUAGAGUAACGAAAAAUUUCCAUUUGAAGCAGGUUUUGAGUUAGCUUAAUUUACCCUAUCAGUUAAACUUGUUCCAAUUUUUAGUUAAAGACUGAGUGCUAUGGUUUGAAAUUUUCUCGCGAUAAAGAGAGCUGCAUUUGAGCUUAAAAACUUAAAAAAAAUUGGCAAUUUUAAAUUAAAGAGCUUUAUCAGAGAAUAUAAAUUAGCUUUUAAAGAUCGAUUUAGAAGGGCUCAGAACUAAUGGUAUUAUUUUAAUGUAUUGAGGACUUUUAUAUGAAUUUAUUAUAUUUUAGUAAAGCAAUAAAAUUGAAUGAGAAUAAAUGUAUAAUGUCGUAAAAUUAA